AUGGAAUCCCCCGAAACCUGUCUAACGAACGUUCUCAAGAUCGAGAACCUCUCUCGAAUACCCUACACCCUCUACCGCCCGUCAGACGAUAACCCACCACAACCACAACCACCACAACCACAACCGUCACAACAACCACAACCACAGCAACUCCCACAAUCACAAUCACAAUCACAAUCGCAAUCAAGACUUCUUCCCGCGUCAUUAAACCGCCACACAACAAACGCCCUUCGACACGCCGAACGCACCCUCCGCACAGAAGGAAACAUCGUUUAUGCUGAUCGCGACAGUGUGACACUGUGGCUAUUCCAGAUCGAAGGCUUCCCGUCACCACCCGGAAACACCGCCAGCGGAGGCGCCGGCAACGGUAAAGAUGCUUGCGGCGACGAUAGCAUGGAAGGGGAGGUACAGGCCCAAAUUGCAGAGGAGGAGACGAGCGGGAAAUGGAAGAGAAUCGACGCCAGACUUCGCGAUGAGUGGGGUCUUCGAGAAUCGUCAUCCGGAACCUUCCUCGCAUCCGCCUUAGCACCCCCUCAACCCCCACACACAGCAACAUUUCACUCCUCGUCAUCGCGUCCUGCCACGCCUGGCUUCCCGCCAACGCCCAUGUCCGGGAUGUUCCCUCCCUCAUCGCACAGCACGCCUGCCGCGAUCGACAUCACCGACGACGGAGCUUCCGAAGACGCCUCCCUGCCAGAAGACCAGUUUGCCGCCUACAAGCGCUUCAUCACCGCCGUGCUGCUGUCCCUCCACUUUGAGAUGGCGGCCGGGAGCGGCUACACGCCGCUCAACAUCCGCACACUCGUCUCGCCGGCGUCCCUGCGGCUGUCGAUAUCCGAGGAGCGCGGCGGCGAGAAGGAGGACACGGGCAAGGCGGACCAACAGCUACUUCCCAGCACACCCGUUGUGGUACCGGAGGUUAUACGGCCCACUGUGGUCGCGUUGGACGCAUAUCUAACCACCUCCGGAACGCUGCUUAUAAUUCCGCAUACAGAGGUCCAGCCCGCAAUUCGGCGAGUGUCGUCCUGCGCGACCCGGGGUAUGGGAGCGGAGGAGGGCCUGGACGGGAGAGACGUAUACAUUGCGCCCUGGGGCGAGUGGGGGCGAUUACUACCCUCCACGCCCACCACAGAGCCGGCAACUUCAGCGAAAGAGCUAAAGUGGAAAGGCGCGGUAAGGUCGUAUCUACAGGACUGCGGCAUCCUCUCCACACCGGGCAAUGGCUGGCGGGGGGACUCCGUGAACGUGCUCGAAGAGGCAAUCCAGGCGGGCGACUGGCGACGGAUCGAGAUCUGGAUACCGUUCAAGGAGUUCCCCGGCAUGGGCAUGGCCGUCAAGGUGCUGUGGCCGGAGGCCCUGCUGUUCAUGAAGGCCAGCGAGGACGACACUAUUCCCUGCGUGGACGAGGCCCAGGCUGAAGAUGCUGCUGAGGGCGAGAACGUGUUCUGGAAGACGGUGUUUGCUGACCCAGAGUAUGGACGCUUCGCAUCCGGCAGCCUAUCGAUGUCGCUCGCGUCGCUCGUGUUUGCGGAAGACGGGCAGCAGCUACCGCGGGCGCGCAAAGACACCGGCGCCGACUGGUGGGCCACGGCCUCGGCGGUCGAGUGGGCCGAGGAAUGGCUCGCGGGACGGGAGGAGCGCGACCGCGUGGUCAAGGCGCGGCUGGAGGAGAAGAAGGCGCUGCGGCGGAAGCGGGAGGAGGCCGAGCGGCAGGCGGCGGAGCGCGAGGAGGAGAGCGUGAGGGUCAAGGUGAAGAAGGAGGAGGAGGGGGAGGAUAAGGCGCAGGUGCAGGCGCAGAUGGAGAUGGAGGUGGAGAUGCCAGAGGCGAUGGACACGAAGGAGGAUAAGGCAAAGCUGAAGGUGCUGGAGCAGAAGAACCCCGCGGGCGUGUAUCCGACGCCGCCGGAGGGGGGGCAGCAGACGGCGCAGCCGAUGGGCGGGACGGGCGGGACGGGCGGGCCGGGGUCGACGAGUUCCGGGAGUGCGCCGAGUAGUACGGUGAUUUCUGCAGAGGCGAUCAUUGGCGCGGUGCCGACAGAGACGGACAUGGAGCUGGACUGGACGGCGGAGCUGCCGGGCGUGGCGGACCAGGUGCCGGAGCCAGGAAGGAAACAGAGCGAUGCUGCGGCAAUCGGGGGUCUCGCGGGGGGGACGGGAGAGGCGGAUCUGUUUGGCGGGGACAUGGACGACGACGAUAUGUUUGGUCACGCAAUCACGGAGGACGAUUUCGCAUUCUUUGACAACAAUCCAGGGGGCCUGGAGGACUUUGGGGACGAUCUGGGGGGCAUGGGGGAGGAUGAUGUGAAUAUGGCACUUGAGGAUAUGGAUCUUGGAGGAGCGGGCGGCAGCAGCAGCAGCAAUAUCAAUGCACAAGCUGGUGGUGGUGGCGGCGGCGAGAUGGACCUUACCAUGGAGAUUCCCAUGCACGCGCGGGAAGAAAUGGUGAUUGAAUCCAGCCCCGCUGCAGCCAUGAUGGCGCAGCCGCCGACUAUCAACAUUGACGUGAGCAGAGCCGACGGACACCACGACGCGAAGCUUUCCGGCGGCAGCGCCUCUGACAAGCUGGCCGAGAGAGAGCCGCACAUCCAGACGCCGCCGCUGAGUCCGCACCGGGCCAUCCGCCUGCUGGUGCCCGAGUACUCGCUCUCGCCCAACAAUCAGCCGCACCCCACGCCGCCAACGACCGGCGGGGCCAUGAAGACGCCGCAGAACAACGGCGCGCCGCCACCACCGCUACCACCCCCGAGCGGGGGCGUCAGCGAAGCCAAGCGCAGAAUGUCGCUCUACUCGCCCAUCACAUUCACGACAAAGAUCGAGAUGGCCGAUAGAAAAUACGCGCCGGGCGGACGCUACUUCCUGCCCGAGAGCAUCAAGGACAAGGAGCUGAAGGAGUUUGAGAGCAAGCAGGGGGGCAAGCUGGAGACGCCCAAGGUGCCGCCCACGCCCAGCGGGCAGAAGCGCAAGCGCGGGAUCUUUGUGCGCUCCGUGGUGGUCGAGGAGGGCGCGGAGGCGGCGGCGCCGGAGGUGGCCGAGGUGGUGCUGGCGGACGACGCGGUGAUGGCGGAGAGCCCGGAGGACGACGAGUGCGAUGCGGGCGAGUACAGCGACGACGAGUGGUCCGAGGAGAGCAGCGUUGAGAGCGACGCCGACGACGAGACGGAGGAGGAGGACGAGGCGGAUGCCGGGGGACGGUACUACACGAGCCCGUUGGCGGCUGCGUAUGGCGGGGGCGGCGGCGGCGGGAGCAAGAAGCGGAAGUGGGCGUUUGAGGACGACGGCGAGAGCUCGGUGGCGGAGACGAUGAUGAAGCGGGAGACGGGUGCGGGCGCGGGUGCGGGUGCGGACGGCGAGGGCGGCGAGGUGCCGGGCGAGCUUGCACCGCCGCCGUGGGAGGUCAUGGUGCCGGACCCGACGGACGCCUCGCUCGUGGGCGUGUUCUCAACCAUGACGCUCGAGACCGACGCGAUCUCGCUGGCGGGCCUGGGAGAGGCCGAGUUCAUGGCCGUCAGCAAGCUGGUGCGCGAGCAGGUUGUGAGCGGGACGUCGAAGCCGCUGGGCGCGCUGCUUGACGGCGGCGGCGGCGGUGGCGGCGGUGCCUGGGUGACGGCGGUCGAGGACGACAACGAGGAGUGGUGCCUGCUGCGGCGGCGCAAGGGCAAGGACGAGGAGGUCGUCGAGGAGGCUGCGCGCGCGCUGUUUGGCAGCGGCGGGGUCGUGCGCUGCACGCUCGAGACAUACGUGACGGUGGCCGACGCCGUGAUCGAGCCGCCGCCGCCGCCGCCGCCGCUGCUGGUCGGCAGAGCGGCGUCCAUGCGCCCCAUCGCGCAGCCCAGGCGCGGCAUCAACACGCCGACGCUCAGCAAGCGGCCCUCCGACCCAGCUACGCCCGCCAACUCGGCCAUCUUCAGACUGCCGCCGCCGCAUGUGCACAUCCACCGCGCCGAGCAGGCGCUGGAGAUCCUGCCGCCCGCGCUGCACUUCUGGGAGACGUUCGGCUUCGGCCCGUGCUCCGGCCCGAAGAGCGUCAUCGGCUUCUGCCUGCACCCGGCGUCGAGGGCCAUGGACGACGCCGCCGACGCCCUCCUGGAGCGCGUCUCGUUCUCGUACGAGUCCGGGCGCUUCGGCACGCACGUGCGCGGGCGCCUCGACGCGUCCGGCAUCACGAACGGCGCGCUGGGCAUCGGCGGGCCCAAGGACGGCGGCGGCGGCGGCGGCGGCGGCGGCGGCGGCGGCGGCGGCGGCGAGACGGCGAUAAUCGACAGCCUGGAGAAGGGCGUGGCGGCGCUGAUGGACGGGCUGGCCGAGUUUGGCGCGGUGCUGGCGGGCGGCGUGGCCGACGAGCUGCAGAACAUCGUGGUGUACGUGGUCAACCCGUUCGAGCACCCGAGCGCCGUGGUCGACAUCUGCGCGGGCUUUGUGCGCAUGUGCCGCGUCUAUGCCGGGUGCGUGCAGAUGAGCGCGCGCCGCAACAACUUGGUGCUGCAGAUUGUGCCGGCGGGGUUCGUGGCAAGGCGCGCGGGCGGCGUGGGGCGCGGGCAGGGCGAGUGGGCGGCGCUGGCGGCGGAGGUGUACAAUCGCUGCAUGCCGACGGACGGGAUGUGCUCACUGGACGAGGCACAAAAGACAUUCUCACCAUCGAUAUACCUCGCCCGCUCGCCGCCAAAGACAAUCGAGUUCCGCGCCACCGACCCCUCGCCCGCGCUCCUGCACGAAAACUCCAUCCUGCACAUCGCCUACGCCCAGAGCCUCGACGAGCGCUGGGUCAGCGUCGCCUGGACCGACGCCUGGGGCGAGCUGCAGGCCACCGAGAGCUACUGCCUCGGCCGCAAGAACUGCACCGUGCUGCGCCCCUUCGACGACGUCUGCCGCGACAUCUGGGCCCGGACGCUCGACAUCACGCGCGUGCGCCGCGUCUCCUGGCGCAUCAUGCUCACCAAGGUCGGCCCCGCCAUGCCGCCGGACGAAAUCGACACCUGGGCGCGCCUGUCGCGCGCCUCGAUGGCCAGCCUGACGCACACGCUCACGCUGCUGACGGCCGAUGUUGCACCGCCGCUGGCCGUGACCCCCGUGUUGCCGAACAUCGCGCCGGCGGCGUUUAAUCCGCUGGUGGCGCAGGGCACGGGGACGCCGCCGGGGGUGACGACGCCGACGCCGGGCGGCGGCGGCGGCGGCGCGGGCUCGAUCGUGUCGCCGGAUCAGUUUGGGGGCGCGGCGGGGACGCCGUCGGCGGAUCUGCUGCCGGAGGUGGAUGCGGGGUCGGCGCUGGUGGACUAUGGCGAUGAGGUGUGGGGCGUGGUGUGUGCGCAUCGGUGGCGGCGGGGGCUGCUGCUUGGCUUGGAUGAUGCUGGCGGAGGGGGCGGGAUGGGGUAUCUUGUGAAGCGCGGGGGCGCGGGGGAGGGGGACGACAUGGUUGUGCUGGGCGUGGAGGUUGUGCGCGGUGCCGGGGUGGGCAGCGGGGUGCUGAGGGAGGUGCUGGCGGCGUGGAGGGAUCUGGUGACGUUGGGGCAGUUUAAGGGCGUGGUGGAGAUGGCGGGGCGGGGCAGCGUGGUGCCGUGGCAUGUCGGGGCGGCGUGGAAGGGUGUCGAGGCGCUUGGGUUUGUCAUGUGA